CAUUGUCUCGUCUUGUUUUUGUACUCUCACUCAUCAGCAUCGCUGCAAUGGCUAUACCUGAGGACUGCGAGUACGAAGUGAGCGUCCAGACAGGAGAUGUCCCUAAGGCACAAACGGGCUCCCGCGUUAGCCUCAAGCUAGUGUCCUGUAGCGGCAAAAACUUUACCGUCAACGACCUCCUAGAAUGGUUGCAGUCACCCCGUCACACGCCCUACCAGAGGGGACAGCUCGACGUCUUCAAGGGCAAUGCCCUUUGCCUCGAUCCCUGUGCCAUGAUCAUCACCAACCAUGCCGGCCCUGACAAAGUAUACUCAGGGUGGUACUUGGAAUACGUGGAUGUCAAGACCGGUGACAGCACUUCUCCGGUGCAUUUCCCGGUGUACCGGUGGCUGGCUAAUGACGUACCGCCCAAUGCGCUCAAUGCCACCGUCAACAACUGCAACUGCUCAGAUAAGUUGAAGUCCGCUCUCUCUGCUGAGUGAGAGGGAGUGGCCGGUGUUACAUAAUGUUUGCCAUGUGUCUCGUACUCGUUUCAUUAAUAUUAAUAAUUAUUACUUCUCUCGGCUUAUUUAUGACCAUAGAUAGGCCCUGAGAUAGCAAUACGUAUUUGGCUUUUGCUGGUGUUCUUGUGUGUUACGUAAUGAUAUGUCUCCUCUCAAUAUUGAUAAUUGUUACCUCCUGCGGCUUAUAUGUAAUAUAUAAAUAAAUAAAUAGGCCAUGAGGUAGCAAUAUGCAUAUGUAUGUAUCUGGCUUUUGUUGGUGCACUACUGUGUAAUAUGUGUGUUAAUACAUGUUUGUUAUAAUUUACUA